AUGCGGAGUGCAGAAUCAACAGAGCAGGUGAUUGACAACGGGGGUGUAAACACGCGAAAAGAGAAAAAUAGGCAGAACAUGAAGAAAAUACGAAGUGUCAACGCAGAGUACAGCAAAAUGGAACAUUUGAAAAACAAGCAGAGAAUGGCGGAUAUGCGAAUGAACAAUGCAUAUAAGAAAUGUGAAAAGGAAAAAAACUCACAGCGGAUGGUGGAAACGAGGAAAAAUGAGGAUUACAAACAGCAAGAGAAUCAGCAAAAUGCACGAAGGAUGACAGAAAUCAGGAAACAUGAUAAUUACUCACAGCUUGAGAAACUGAAAAAUUUGCAAAGGAUUGCAGAUUUAAGGGAAAAGAAAGAAUACAGACAGCAAGAAAAGCAGAAAAAUUUGCAGCGAAUAACGGAAACGAGGAAAAAAGAAGAAAGCAAGCAAGAGGAGAAUCAGAGAAAUUCGCGGAGGAUAGCAGAAGUAAGGAAACGCGAGGAAUACAAGCAGCAAGAAAAACUGAAUAAUUUGCAAAGGAUUGCAAAUUUAAGGAAACAAGAAGAAUACAGACAGCAAGAAAAGCAGAAAAACUUGCAGCGAAUGAAGGAAAAACGAACGGAUGAUAAAUACAAGAAACAGGAGAAUCGCAAAAAUUUAAGGAGGAUUGCAGAAAUAAGAAAACACGAGGAUUACAAGCAGCAUGAGAAGCAGAAGAAUUUGCAGAGGAUAAGGGAUCUCCGAGACACAAUUGAAGAGUUUUCUCACCAGGAGAAAGCUAAAAAUAGAGAUCGCAUGAAAAAGAUUCGAACAGAUUUGCAAUAUGUGCAUAGGGAACAUACCAGCAAUAUUGAGCGCAUUCAAAAUAAACGAGACGAUGACAUGCUGAGAAUUGCCGAAAGGCAAAGAGAUCGACAAA